AUGGCAAUGAACAUAGCACACAUCCGUGAUACCAAGUGGCUGACCCUGGAGGUAUGCAGAGAGUUUCAGAGGGGCACAUGCUCACGCACAGACCAGGAGUGCAAGUUUGCCCACCCAGCCAAGAGUUGCCAGGUGGACAAUGGACGAGUCAUCGCCUGUUUUGAUUCGCUCAAGGGUCGCUGUUCCAGAGAGAACUGCAAGUACCUCCAUCCUCCUCCCCAUCUAAAAACUCAGCUUGAGAUAAAUGGACGCAACAAUUUGAUCCAGCAGAAGAACAUGGCCAUGUUGGCACAGCAGAUGCAGCUGGCCAAUGCCAUGAUGCCCGGCACGCAGCUCUCCCCAAUGCCCAUGUUUUCUGUCUCGCCCGGCCUGACCAACGCUAGCGCCGCAGCGGCAGCAGCUGCUGCAGCCUUUAAUCCCUAUCUGAGCCCCAUGUCCCCUGGCCUGAUGCCGCCAGAGAUCCUGCCCAGCACCCAAGUGCUCAUGGCCUCCAGCCCCACAGUCAGCCAGGUGCCCAAUGCUGCAGCCGCUGCAGCCCAGAAACUGCUGAGAACAGACCGACUUGAGGUUUGUCGAGAGUACCAGAGGGGCAACUGCUCACGGGGAGAGAACGACUGCCGCUUCGCCCACCCCGCUGACAGCACCAUGAUCGACACCAACGACAAUACAGUCACAGUGUGCAUGGACUACAUAAAGGGUCGUUGCUCCAGGGAAAAAUGCAAGUACUUCCACCCCCCGGCCCAUCUGCAGGCCAAAAUCAAGGCCACGCAGCACCAGGUGAACCAGGCCACAGCCGCCGCAGCCAUGACUCAGUCGGCUGUCAAAUCACUGAAGCGACCCCUCGACGCAACUUUUGACCUGGGCAUCCCCCCUAGUGUCAUGGCUCCCCUACCAAAGCGAUCUGCCUUGGAGAAGGCCAAUGGGGCCUCUGCUGUGUUUAACACAGGCAUGCUCCAGUACCAACAGGCUCUGGCCAGCAUGCAGUUUCAGCAGCAGGCUGCUUUCUUACCAUCAGUUCCCAUGAUGCACGGUGGUACUCCAGCCACUGUGUCUGCAGCCACCACAUCUGCCACAAGCGUUCCCUUCGCAACAGCCUCCACCAAUCAGGACUCUUCCUUAACAAAUUCCGUUAAAGAACAAUCAAAUGAAUGUGGGCUGGCACCGUCCAAGCCAAAUUAA